UCAAAAAUUUUCAGCCGAAUCUGCCCUCCGUGUCCUCUUUGGUGGACACAAUCAGUAGUGCUGUGGAAGACUUGACCUCUGCUGUUGGGGAGGUCAGCUAUGCGUUCACGGACUCCGUUGCCGAGCAGGUAGCAAGUAUGAUGAAUGGCUUCCGCCCAGAAGAAGCAAGCUCUGUGGCAGAAGUGGCUGUGGAUACUUCUCAACCAACAGCUGCCACAUUACCAGACGUCUUUAAAAACAGUCAUUGUCAGAAAACACAACCCAAUUUAGAGCACAGAACAAAGCAAAUACAUUGUUCCAAUACUUCAGUUUCACAAAAUCAAGACCAAGGAACGCAUGAAGAAAGAUUAUUGAAACAUAUUAAUGAUAGGCAACAGACUCUACCAGAAUGUCAAGAAACUAGUAAUGCUGGUGAUUCUUCUUGGAAAGACCACAUGAGUGAUCGUGGGGUGUCUGUUAUCAGGCUAGAUUCAAGGGCUGGAUCUACUUGUCACAGACUUGAAAGUACUGGCAGAAAUAAAACAAUUGGACUAGGAAUCUCCAGUAAUGGUAAGAAGGAUUUAAAAGAGGUAAGAGAUCAAGAAAGGAAAGAAAAUCAGAAGAAUACCAAUGGAAUAAACAUACUCUAUGAGCGUAAAGAUGAUAUUGCUGCAGAUGGUCAUAAAAUAGAAGACUGUACAAAAUACCAACAUGUAGUUUUGAGAGGUGAUCAAGAGAAAAUGGUCCAUUUCAAUACAAAUAAACAUCUUAUUGAUUUAGGGCAUUCUGAUCAUUUAAAGAAAGCUGGAAAACAUAUUAAAAGUAAAGGAUUCAAAGGGAAUGAGUGUUCAGGAAGUGAAUGUUCUCCAAAAGAUAUUUUGACAAGUAAUAGACGUAUGAUUCAGAAACCCAUUAUAAAAGAAGACAUCUAUCCAGCACCAUCAACUAAUAUUAAACAUAAGUUACCUGAAAAAAUAAAAGAACAAAUGAAUCCAACAAAAUGCUGCAAAGUGAAAGGAAACAUAAAAACAAAGAAAAAUGAAACCAUUUAUGCCAGGAAAGGAUCAACAAAGAGUAAAGAUGAAAAUUAUUCUAAGAUAAUGCGAGAAAAAGAUAAUUCCUACAUGGAUAAAGAUGAGCAUGGCUCAUCCUCUGAAAGUGAUGACGAAGCAUUGGGUAAAUAUCAUGAGGCCUUAUGCAGGACACAUAAUUCCAGACUACCAUUGGCAGAUUCUAGACAAAAGAACUAUGCUUGGGAAACAAGACAAAAAUACAGUCCUCUAUCUGCUGAGUAUGAUGGAUACAGUAGUGAAGCAUCAAUAGAUGAAGGAAACUGCAUUCAGAGAAUGAGAAGAACACCCCCACUGGAUGAAUUGCAGCCACCACCAUAUCAGGAUGACAGUGGUUCUCCCCAUCUCUCAUGCACACCCUCAGAAAUUGGGGACAGUAAAUGUGAAUUUUCCCACUGCAGCAACAGUCCAAGAUGCUCAUAUAACAAGUGCCCGAGUGAAGGAAGUACAGGCCAUGAAGUAGAAAGCUUUCACAAUAAAGGAUAUGAAGAAGACGUUCCAAGUGACAGCACUGCAGUCCUGAGCCCAGAAGAUAUAUCAGCUCAAGGAUCAUCUUCACAGAUUCCUAAACCUUUUGAUCCUGAGCCAGAAGCUAAAUAUGGCACACUGGAUGUGACUUUUGACUAUGACUCACAAGAACAGAAGCUUCUGGUAACGGUGACAGCUGUCACAGACAUCCCAACAUAUAACAGGACAGGUGGCAAUUCAUGGCAAGUACACCUUGUUCUCCUACCUAUAAAGAAACAGAGAGCGAAAACCAGCAUCCAGAGAGGACCAUGCCCUGUCUUCACAGAAACAUUCAAAUUUAAUCACGUUGAAUCUGAGAUGAUUGGAAAUUAUGCAGUUCGAUUCAGACUGUAUGGUGUACAUCGCAUGAAAAAAGAAAAGAUUGUGGGGGAAAAAAUUUUUUAUUUAACAAAAUUGAAUCUUCAAGGGAAAAUGUCAUUACCUGUGAUACUGGAACCUUCUUACAAUCAUUCUGGCUGUGACUCCCAAAUGAGCAUGUCAGAAGUGUCCUGUAGUGAAAGCGCAUCCUCAUGUCAGUCUCUUGAACACGGCUCAGUUCCAGAAAUUCUCAUUGGCCUGCUUUACAAUGCCACAACUGGAAGACUAUCAGCAGAAGUGAUAAAAGGCAGCCACUUCAAAAACUUGGCUGCAAACAGACCACCCAAUGGACUGUUCUGUUGUCUAAAACACUUGAUAGGUGGACAGGUUUAUAUAAUCCGAGAUACAUAUGUUAAAUUAACGCUACUGAAUUCCAUGGGUCAAGAGAUGUCCAAAUGCAAGACAUCCAUCCGCAGAGGGCAGCCAAAUCCAGUGUACAAGGAAACUUUUGUUUUUCAAGUGGCCCUAUUUCAGCUUUCUGAUGUGACACUUAUACUGUCUGUAUACAACAAACGCAGCAUGAAAAGAAAAGAGAUGAUAGGCUGGAUUUCUUUAGGUCUGAACAGCUCUGGCGAAGAGGAGCUCAAUCACUGGACUGAAAUGAGAGAGUCGAAAGGACAACAAGUAUGUCGAUGGCAUGCGUUACUAGAGUCGUGAUUGACAGGCUACACGAGCAGUUGCAAUGCAAGGCAGCAUUAUUUCUGAUUACCACAUACUGUUUUUACCUAGUCACCAUUAGAAGAGCUGUUCUUUGAAGAAACGUAUUCAAGUCUACCAAAAUGCUUUAAAUGAUAUGGAAAGAACACCUAAUACUGACAUAAAUGAAGAAAAGGUGUAUUUCUAGUAGACCUUAUUCGGGAAACUGACAAACAUACAUCAUCUUUGUUCAACUAACAGUCUUACAGAGCUUUAAUCAUAUACUUUUGAUUUCAAGUUCAUUUUACUUUAGCAAAAGAGCCAGUAAUUUCAUGAAAAAUCAAAAUUACAAGUGAUGUUGAACAUCAGAAUUUUAGUUGCAACACUCUGAAUAUCACAUACUACCCACAAAACACACUUUGACGGGCCCGUCUCUGGUGUUUGUAAUGCUCUUUAACAUGAAAUAGUGGUGGUCCAACUCCGUUACCAGUCAUCUAAUGGUGGGGAAGGGUUUCAAUCACACUGGAAAUUGUUUCAUUUUGGAUGUGUUCUGUGUGUGCACCUCGUUUCAUUGUGCCUCUGUUCUUCUCACUAGCACUAAAGUGCACGCAAAUAUUCAUUUUCAUAAAAGGAUUUUUAAAAUACGUUAUUUUUUAAAAAGUUCAUUUCUUCAUUUUCCUCUGCUUUUUGCCUGAUCCAAAGAGACCAAGUCACUGUACUGGUCCCUUGCAAGUCUUUUAGACAGGUUGUACUGUAGAACUAUGUAACUUUCUGUUGAAAGCACUUCCUGUAUUCUUGUAUUCCAAUGUAGGAAGCUAAUAGAGCAGGACUUUCUUUAAAAUUUCUUUCAGUGAUUGACUCUAAAAUUGUAGUAACAUGAAAAUUCAUUUUUUUACAAACUGAAAAGACAUAUACAUAAGCUCUUAAAAAAAAACAUUCAAGUUAAAGAGAAUUUUAACUAUCUGCUCUGAGAAGUUAGUAACCAACACUGCGUAAAGCAGGUAGCAGUCAAAAUAAGAAACUUCUCACUCUCGGUCUUCUCUCUUACUUCAAUUUAUACUUCUGGUAUAAAGACUAUUCAGUUCUCAGUUUGAAUCAGAACAUCAUGUUUGAAACCGUUCUGAGAUUCCUUAUGAAGUUUCUAGUGACUUGUGACUAGAUUUUUUUUGAAAUUGACACAUAACGUUCUUCAACGUGAUGUCAUCUUGUGCCUUUCAUGUAAGUUAAAUUUGCUCAUACGGCUUUGAAAGUUGUAUUUGCAAAAUUAGGCCUUCAAUUUUUAUAAAUGUAAAGAUUCCUCAGAACAGUGUCACGAGAUCUUUAUUUCCUCUGAAGUAUAUAAAAGUUGUAUAAUGUACUAAUUUUUGUAAAUGGCAAGGCACUUUCCUUUAUUGUUUUUAUAUGUAGGAACUCUGAUCAGGAAUAUUAUAAGCUGUUUUCUUUUUAAUUUUGC